CUUUUGCCUUACCUGAAAAGGGAGAAGUACAAAAAAAAGAGAAGUUAAAUGUCAAUUUUUUGUGGAUAUGUUUUGGUAUUUUGCUAUUUUGUAAUUGAUUUUAGCUUUAAUUAACUAUUAAUUUUGUGCUGUUUCUCGCUCUCCACAUGAACAUGUAUAUAUUAGCAAAUUUUGUUGGUUCUUGAAAGAAAAUUUCCGUCUAGCACAAAUUGAUCUGUGAAUUCCUACUUUGGAUUUUUCUAUAGUAUUAAAGCUAUUGGUAUAUCAAUAAAGUGGAUAAAUGAACAUGAAAGUGACUGAAGGCAUGAAUUAUGAAGUAAGAAGUAAUAUUCAAAACUUAAAGCAAAAACUGACGAACAUAUUUAAACUUACAAAAUUUUGUGGUAUUUGCUUAGAUGAUGAUAAUAAUUUUUGGGAGAUAGAUACCGAAUUCAACAUUGCUGUUGACCAGCAGACACAGAAAUUACUGUUAAAAGAUAUAAUCAAAUACAUUCUAAAUAGUGCGGGCGAUCAAGUGCUUGCAAGUUGCCACAUCUGCAGUAAUUGUACUGAAAAAUCAAUACAAGCAUAUCUAUUCAUCUACAAUGCGAAAAAUGUAUCCCAAACUAUACACAAAUGUGUUAAUGAACUUUACUCAAAAACAGUUGAUGUUGAUGAUCAAAUAAAACAAAUUGAUACUGGAUAUGAGAAUACUAACGUUGUUAUUGUAUUAGAGCAAGACUAUGAAAUGUGCCAAUACACAGACAUAGGUACUGAAAUUAAAGAGACUCCCAAUCUAAUAAAUGAAGAUAAGGACUUAAUAACUAUUUUAAAUGAAAACUCAAAUCAAAAUGGUUUGGAAAAUUUUGAAACUGAUGAAACUAUACAAAAAGAAAAGGUUGUUGUUGAAACUAUUCAACCUACCAUUGCUGAUAUAAAUUGUGUAGCUGAAGAAGAGGAUUUUAUGAAAGAAGUGCAGACACACAAGGAGAUACUAUCGGAGAAGAAUCAUUUUGACAAUACAAAGAACAUUAUAGAUAUCUCUAAUCUUACAAUGAGUUCACAAUUAAGUAAUGAAAACAUUGAUGACAAAAAUUGUAUAGAAAUUAUGUUUGUUGAUGAAGAAUUGAACAUUCACAUGCCUGAAUAUCACAGUGAUUUAGAAGAUAAUAGAAAAGAUUCUAUCGUUAUAUCAGCUCCUAUAAAAAAGAAAAGGCUGGCAAUACCAUCUCUAACAUACAAAUGUAAAAAAUGUAAGGAAAUAAUACCAUCCUACAAAGGUUGGAAAGAACAUGAAAAGAUAUGCCAAAAAUUACAAGUAUCUAAUAAACACACAUUUCGUUGUAAAAUGUGCAAUGAGUUAUUUAUUUCACAAAGCAAACUGUUGAAACAUUAUAAAACUCAUUCAAGAGUGAGAUGUAAGGUUUGCCAAUUUAUUGUACCUCAAGAAGAUUUAACAGAGCACAUGAAAAUUAAUCAUGAAGAUUAUAUCCACCCUUGUAAAUUAUGCAAGUACUUUGCAUUCAAUGCCGAUGCGUUAAAAGCCCAUAUGAAAAAGAAUCAUAGUGGUUCAAAGUGUGCUUUGUGUUACAAGAACGUGAGUGAGGCAGAUUUGAAACUGCACAAAUGCAGAUUCAAUUGUUUAGAAUGCCUCGACAAUGUUUGCAUACAUUACAAAUAUUUAGUGUCAUUUAGAGACCAAAUUUUAAACAACUUCACCAAAAUAAAAUGUGUUGAUUGUGAUUAUAUAUGCACAAGAAGAGAAGCUUUACUUAGUCAUGCCAACAGAGAACAUUUGGAUCAUCAUCCUUUUACUUGUGCACAUUGUUCUCAACAAUUUUAUUCGAGAACUAUUCUGAGGCACCAUUUAAAUCAAUUCCACAAAGAAAGUAAUAUUUGUGAGUAUUGUGACCAGGAAUUCAGCACAACAUCCACAUUAAAUAAUCAUAAAGAGACUUGUCAAAAUAUUCAAAGACACCACAAGUGUGACCAAUGUAUUAGUUCAUUUGAGACUUUGGUGGAAUUGGCUAAUCAUGUAAAAUUAAGACAUGCUGGAGGUUCUUCAAAUUGCAAUUUAUGCAAAAAGCAGUAUUUGUCCAAUACUAAGCUACAAGAACAUAUUUUUAGAGUACACAGUGGUUUGCAAAUGAAGAGAAAGAGGAGUAUUUUGGUUUGUCCAAUAUGCGAAUUGAAAUGUGAUAGCAAGAAACAGCUCUUAGAUCACAUAAAGAUACAUGGACCUAACUCAAGAUUACCUUGUAAAGAUUGCAAUGAAGACUUUGAUAGCAUAAAAAAACUACAUGCGCAUAUGCGGAUUCAUUAUGAUGACGUUAUUCAGUGUAUGGAGUGUAAAAAGGUUCUGACUGCGACGUUUUUUCCGCAUCAUAUGGUAUAUUGCAAACCUGGUAGAGAUGACAAGGAUGUAUAUACUUGUGAGACGUGCGGAAAAACUUAUAAUUCAGAAAUACAGUUGAAGAUACAUCAUAAAACCCAUAUGGAGAAAAUUCCCUGCCCCAUAUGCCAGAAACCAACAAAACCAGUGUACAUGAAAAACCACAUUAAAUUUAUGCAUGUUCAACCAAGAAAAUCUAAAAAAGUUCCAAAGACAAAAAGUAAAUAUUAUAUAAAGUGCGACUGGUGUGAACACUUGGUGUCUAGACAUGGGGAACUAGAAACCCACGUGAAUAGGUUUCAUUUGAAAAUAAAGCCUUAUCAAUGUCACUACUGCACCAAAUCAUUUUGUGGUAAAGAAAGACUGAGGGACCAUCUCAUCACACAUACGACUGCAAAAAACUGCUAUUGCAGCGUUUGCAAUAAAAAAUUCGAAAAUAAAACAUGUUUAAAACUACACAUGCGACGACAUACGGGGUAUUCGCCUUACGCUUGUGAAAUGUGCGGUGAAAAAUUCCGUACGUCCAGUAUGAUGAACACCCACAAGAUAAAAAAACAUUCAGAGAGGUCAGUCGCUUGUCCACUUUGUGAGUCCAUGUUCUAUUUGACGAGAGAAAUGCGGAGUCAUUUCAAAAAAGUUCACUGGAAGCAAAAAGGAAAGAAGUUUGAUCCCAGAGAUGUGAAAGAAUUGAGUCCCGCCUUUUAUCAUCUAUUUGAAGAUGGGAGAUUACCAAAAGUUGAGGGUGAAGAUUUGAAUAUAUCAUCUAAAUGUAAUGAAAAAUUCAGUUGAUAUGAUGAGAAAUAAUUUCUAGUAAACCAAUGAGUUAAUGCUAUUGAAAAUUAUGUUACAUCUAUGUGCCACACAUUUGCAUUUCCACACUAUUGAUCAGAAUCGAUGUUAAUUUUUGAAAAAGUAUAAAAAAGUACUUGCUUCAAACCUAAAGAUAACUUGAAUCUCGCCAAAGCAAAUCUUGAGCUUUGAUACAAUUUGCUUUGCGAUUCAAGUAUUUAUAGGAAAUGUAAUAGAAUAGUCGUGCGAAGAUUCGUGUCCCCGUUGUCGCAACUUCGAUCCAAGAUGAAUUUGUAAUAUAUUGCAAACACCUGCAUUUCAAUAAAUCGCGAGAUGAAUCUAUCAACUUGGUUUUCUCUCUGCAUACUAAUUCUUGCGUCUUUAAAGUAAAAAACAAUGCGGCAGUGUCGAAAUAUCGGGGAUACGCAAAGAACAACGUAUUGCCCUAUAAGGCAGCAAUCCCGCUACUAACAAAAAUCACUGUGUUAGUGACCAUGAAAGGAGGAGCUUAAUGGCGCAAGUGCUUAUCACGUUCGGCCUGCAAUCAAAUUGGAUGGGUGACCAAAAACUUAUUACCUUGGAGCUCCUUCGUGCUUCGGAAGGCAAGUUAGUCCCGGUUGCAUCUCCAUUCGUUAGCACCCACCAAUCCGCACUGGGUUCGCGUGGUGGAUCUUUCAUAGCCCAAUUUAUCUAUUCCAUCCAUAGGGAAGGCCAGUGCCCCAAAAGUGGGCUCAUUUACAGGAUUAUCAUGAUGCUUGUGAAAACGAUAUUUAUAAGCCCGGAUAGCGGAUUGCUGGUUCGAGCCCCGUCUGCUAUCUGGCCGCGUGGAGUUUUUUCUAGUAAAAUCUUGUUUAGAUUUAAAUAUCUAGCAGUUAAAUGCUUAAAAAAUAAAAAUGUAUACAUACCUAAUUGUUCAUAAAUAAAUUAAUAAAACUUUAAAGCAGAUACUUAUUUGUCUAACCUAUAGACGUAAGGCCGGUUUAAAACCAAUUAAACCAAUCCGUUUAAAACGAAAAAAAACGUUUAAAACCGAAAUAAACCAUAUUUUUCGAUUUAAAACGGUUGGUGUUGAUGACUAUGUUUUUCUUAAUUAUAACUACAUUGUCUUGAUUUUACCGAGGUAGGAAUAUAACGAAG